AUGGAUUCAGUCGAAGCUCUUGAAAACCUAAUAGGCCAGGUAGGGGCCGAAAGAGGUGACCCUAGCCAUUUCAGCAAUAAUGGUAACAACAGCCAUAAUAAUGGUGGUAACGACAAUUACUUGCAUGCAGCCAACAUGGGCCAAUCAGAGAUGUCGUUUUCCUCCAUGAAUGGUGCGUCUUUUGAUGCAAACAGCAUGAAUACGGACUUCCUUCUACAAAAUAAUAACAAGCCAGGAAAUGGAACCAAUAGCACAGAUACAAGCAGCAACCAAGCUAAUAGUGCCAAUAACUUCUUUCGUGGCACUUACAACACCAACAGUUCUGACAAUUUCAACACGCAGGAUUCGUCCUUGGGCUUGCCAGGCGGAUUUCACAACAAUCCUGACAGUAACAGCAAUAAUGUGAGUACUUCUGGUGGGUUUAACGGCGUUCCAAACCUCAAGGUGGAUGAUUUCUUACGCUGGAACAACGCAAACGGCCAUUCAAACAGUUUGAGCCUAAAUCUGGAUGAUGAAAACUCUGUUUCCAGUCCACACCCACCGGAAAGCGUGGGUGGCCCAAGUUCGCAAUACUUUUCACCAAGACCUUCAGGUUUGCCUUCACCAGGCAUGAAUCAGAGGUCUGGUUCAACAAGCAACCAGCUGGGAAAAAGCUAUACCUCGCAGCUGGGAAGUUCACUUGCAUCUUCUGCUUAUGAUAGUCUUUUAGAUUCUCCUUACGGGUCAUUCCAAGGAAGUUUCAACGACUCUUAUUUGAAAUCUCCUCCUUUGGAAUCGACAUCUCUUAACAAUUUCGGUUCUCCGGCCUCUUUCAGCUCGCAUAUGAACUCGAAGAAACUCCUGUCUAAAGAGGGAAAGAUCAACAGGAGAAGAGAGUUGCAUAAUGCAGUUGAACGAAGAAGAAGAGACUUGAUAAAGGAGAAAAUACGAGAACUCGGCACGUUGAUUCCACCCAUGCUACUGCUAGAUGGACAAAAACGCAGGCAAACGACAAAGAAGGAGUCGCGGGCCAAUAAGAGUACGAUUCUCUCGAAAUCUGUCGUCUACAUCGAAAAUCUACAGUUGGUGAUGAAGAUGCAGGAGGAAAGAAGACAUAUGCUCGUAUCUCGAAUAGCAACUUUGUCUGGAAGUGGUGGUAACGGCAGCCCUCAGUCUGUGGCACAGCCACAAAUGCAGCCUGCAGAUUCUGGAAUAAAUGCCAUCAGCGAGAGUCCUUUGGAAAAUACAGAUGUUGAUAACUCUAACACGAAUAUGGGAGAUAGGGAUGCCGAUACUUUUGGUUUCACGCCAAUUCACACUCCGUACUCUAAUGUUACAAGUCCAUUCGUAACAAAUGGAGACACACCACUAGGCUUAGAUAAGCAGGCGUCACCUGUGCAGGUUAACGGGCUGGCUGGAGGAGCUGGAGGAAGUGGUAAAAUGGUUGCAAAUCAUAUCGAUGGCAAAGAUGAUGGUACUGGGUACUCCGAUGCUUACUUGAAUGAAUUCCUUACAACCACGCCAUCGGAAAAUACUCCUAACUUCACUGGGAGCCCGGUAGACUUGUCAUUUGGAGGUUUGGGGGGAUGA